AUGGCUCUAGCCAAUCGAAUUGCCAUCGUCACGGGCGCUGCUUCCGGCUUAGGACGUGCCACGGCCACUCGUUUUGUGGAGAACGGGGCGCGAGUGAUCCUAUGCGACCUCCCGACCAGCGAUGGUGUUAACGUGGCCAGGGAGCUCGGCGUCUCGUGUCAUUUUAGCCCCACUGACGUGACGAACGAGGAUGAUGUGACGGCAGCGCUGGACCUGGCCGAGUCUUCCUUCGGUGAGCCCGUGAACACAGUCGUCAACUGUGCCGGCGUCGCACUAGCCAUCAAGACGCUGAGCAAGAAGGGCGUUCAUCAACUGUUCCAGUUCCAACAAACCAUCAAUGUUAACACGGUUGGAUCUUUCAACGUCGCACGUCUCGCAGCGGAGCGCAUGUCCAAAACGAGACCGGGACCUGGUGGGGAGCGUGGUGUCAUCAUCAACACUGCUAGUAUCGCUGCGUACGAGGGACAGAUCGGCCAAGCGGCGUAUGCAGCUAGCAAAGGUGCCAUCGUAGGAAUGACGCUGCCUCUUGCGAGAGACCUCGCGUCGUAUGGUAUUCGCGUGAAUACAAUUGCACCAGGUUUGUUCAUGACUCCGCUGCUGGCUGGACUCCCGGAGAAGGUGCAGAAGCAGCUGGGCGAUACAGUUCCGUUCCCAAGCCGCUUGGGGAACCCCGAGGAGUACGCGCAGCUAGCACAUGCGAUCAUCGACAACAAGAUGAUUAACGGCGAAACCAUUCGUCUUGAUGGCGCUUUGCGUAUGCCGCCAAAGUAA